AUGUUCAAAGAGCAGAAGAGCAGCAUGGACAAGUCCACCACGAUCGUCGAGCAAACAUUCCUUCUGAAGGAGUCCGCUCUUGUCACUUUCGCGGACUUGGACCUCCGAGAUGAAGAAUGGCGGGGGGACGUCACAGAGCUCAAGUGCCAAACCAUGCAGUGCAUGCAGCUGCUGGCGGAGGCUAGCUCCUCGCCGAAGGCGGCCCCAAGCACGCCGAUAACCUCUUCACUGUCGUUGGCGGCCUCGUACUUCGACGGCCUCGUCGCGAGCUUCCAGGACGAUCAAUGCAUCAACCAGUUCGCCAGUAUCUUGGACUUCCAGAUCCUCGUCUCGGAGCAGCUCUGGUCUUCCCCUUCAUGUACGCCCUCGCCGCCUUCUGCGGCGUCUUCAAGGACUCCUACGACAACUUCUUCGCCGUUUCCGGCGACUUCGUAUCCUGAGGACCGCGCGGCGGCGCCGAGCAGCCGAGGCUAG